ACAGGUGACCUGCGCGGCGAUAUGUGAUUACGUCAACCUGCCGACUGCAGCUUGGACCUCGCCCCCAGCCGUCAGAUGUUGUGAUGACUGUAAAUGCUGUGUCAUGUGAUGCGACCGGAGAAGGGGAACUGCAGAUUUUAACAGCUGCUUUCUGGGACACUGACCUCCACAGCUUUGCCCCCUCUGGUGUGGAAAUCCCAGGCGUGGGGAUGUGCUGAGGAAACUGAUCACUUGUGUAAGAGAGGAGGGGAAAAAGCAGCUGCUAAUCCCUUUUCAACCUGCCUCCUGUCUCAUAGUUUUUCAUAACAACAACACUGGCCUCAUCACCUUAAGCACUGGAGUAGUAAGCUGAGAUUACCUAUAGGAUGAGCUGGCUCUUCUCUUCCAAGGGAUCCAGACCUCUGCCACCCCUGACUAGUCUACAGCAACAAAAACAGAGGCAGAUCGAUUCUCUCAGGGCAUGUCAUAGUAGUGUUGCUGAAAUUCAAAAGGAUGUGGAGUACAGGCUGCCUAUCACUGUUAAAAAUAUAACCAUCAGCUUAAACAUUUUACUUCCACCACAGUUUCCUCAAGAGAAACCGCAUAUUAGUGUUUUCCCUCCAAUACGGCAUCAUUUAGUGGACAAACAAGGCAUUAAUGUGAUAUGUCCCUUAGUAAACAAUUUUACUAUGCACUCAGAUCUUGGCAAAAUUGUGCAGACAUUGGUGGAAGAGUUAUGGAAGAAUCCCCCAACACUGGCUUCUAGUUCUGGCUCAUUUCCAUACAUAUAUGGCAGUCCUGCAGGGCAAACUUCAUAUGCACAUUCAGGGUUUCAAUUUCUUCCAUCAUUCCCAACACAAGAAUCAAACCGAUCUCUCCCUGUUUCUGAAUCUGUUCCUGCAAACUAUAACGCUUCCAAAUCGGCUGCUCCUCCCUACGGCCUGAUUACUGAACUCCCUCUUCCUGUGCCCACAUCUGAAGUGGGUAUAAACGGCUAUACGUACAAGAUGCCAGAUCUCCCUGACCCUUUUCCAGAGUUAACAGAACUAAGUGCAACACAGCUUUCUGAAAUGAUGGAACAAGAGGAUUUGCUGUUGGAACAGUUUGUGAACCUCCCUCAAUUAAAACAAAUUAUCUCCGAUAAGGAAGAUUUGGUUAGAAACAUUGAGGAUAUAGCAAAAAAGAACCUUCAGCUAGAACCCAUUCUAGAAUCAAAACGUCAGGCAAUAUUAGACAAAUAUGAGCUACUGACGCAGAUGAAAGCAACAUUUGAAAAGAAACUGCAAAGACAACAUGAAUUAAGUGAGAGCUGCAGUUUGAGUGCUCUCCAGGCCAGGUUAAAAGUUGCAGCUCAUGAAGCAGAAGAAGAAUCUGAUAGUAUUGCUGAAGAUUUUCUUGAAGGCAAAAUAGAAAUAGAGGAUUUUCUGAACGUGUUUAUGGAAAAAAGAACGUGUUGCCACAGUAGAAGAGCCAAAGAAGAGAAACUCCAGCAAGCAAUAUCAUUGUACAGCCAAUACCAUGCGCCAUUAUAGGUAAUGCAAAAAAAUGGAAAAGCAAAAAAAAAAAAAUGAUUGAACAAAUUUCAGAAAGCACAUUUUGUAUUUAUAAUUUGAAGAUGGGGGAAAAAAGUGGUAUGAAGAUUGACUGUAUAUUAUGUUAAACUGACAGUUUAGUAAGGUCUGUUUUUGUAUAAUUUGCUACAUGUUUAGUUCAAAACAUCCUUGAAUUCAAACGAAGAGGAGCAUACACUGUAAUAACUUCAAAUAUAUUUUUAUUUUCUGUUUACCUCAUUUGCAAUGAUUUAUAUUAAAUAUAUAUUUAAAGUGA